GUGAUGCACUGAGAAGCAGUCGGGGAUUGUGGGUUUUUUGGGGGGUCUGGGUGGACCCACAGAGGCCUGGUGAACUCUGGAGAAGAGCUUGGAGAUGCUUGUUGGUCCUCUGCAGCUACAGAAAAGAAUGUGUAUGAGAUCAGAUGAGUGAUUUCAGCUGUUCUCGAGCCAGUAUUUAUAUCUACACUAGACUUUUAUAAAGCUUUCAGAUUAGAUGGAAAGAUGACCUCAGACUGUGUUCUGUAGUGUAUUUACCAAAACACUUAGUGAAUGAUACUUCACAACAAUCUCCAACACGGGAGAGCAAACCUCCAUCCAGCCAAUGAAAACAGACUGAACGAAAGUGAAUUUAGUUCUCAAGUCUUCAGGAGAGUUUGCUGCAUCGCUUAGGCAGCACCCAUGGCGGUGAAUCCUCUGGAAGGGCUCAUGUCGGUUGCAGCGAACCACCAGCUGGUCUCAUGCUCUACAGCUGAGCCACAGAGGCAGCAGCCCUGCGCAGCCGGCAGUCCAGCAUCCCUGCACGGACAUAGGCAGAGCACACGCAACAGCCAGGAGCCCAGGAAGUGGGUGCAGUCUGUGUGUGGGUCCAAGUCAAACUCUGGUUCUGGCUGUGGGUCUGCAAUCCAGUCCAGGACAAUAAGGGGUCAGCACUCCCCAGAAAAUGCAGCUCGAGAGAGGAGCCGUGUACGCAACCUGCGACAGGCCUUCCACAGCCUGCAGGCUGCUCUGCCCUCAGUCCCACCAGACACCAAGCUGUCCAAGCUGGAUGUUCUGGUCCUGGCUACGAACUACAUAGCUUACCUAACAGAGACGCUGGACCAGGGAGGGACGCUUGCUGAGCACACCCUACCGUCCAGGCCAGGUGGAUACCUGCAUCCUGUCAAGAAGUGGCCCAUGCGUUCCCUGCUCUACUGUGGCAGCGUGGGAGAGCUGUUGUCAGGAGCCCCAGCCAAUCAGACCCUUCCACCUGGACAGGACGGAACACACCCGCUGACCCCCACCUUAGAGGCUGACAAAGAGUGAUAGCAGAGCAUGGGU